GCAGUAUAAAAGACUAGAAAAAUAAUUUCAUUUUGCUAAUCAAUGGACUCCCAUUUGGUGUGGUGAUAACAUGGGCCUGAGAUAUGAGGUCCACAUGUGGGGGAAUAAGGUUGAGGUCAAUUUAGGUUAAUGAACAUGCACUUGUGGAGUAUGGCAACUAACAGGGAUGCCAUGCCGACAUGCCAUUGCAACAAUAACUCACAAAGGAGGGAAGCCUGAGGACAUGUGUCAUGAGUGGCUGUCAAUAGAAGUUUAUAAUAAGACAUACCAACAUUUUAUUGAACCAGUCCAAGGACCACAAUAUUGGGCCCAGACACAGUAUACACACCCUGUUCCACCACAUAGAAGGGUCCAAAGAGAAAGGCCAAAGAAAAAUAGAAGGAGAUCUGUAGAUGAGGACAAUGUCACAGGACAUAAGCUAAAGAGGAAAUUGGCUGAGUUUACAUGUGGAAGGUGUGGCCAAACCAAUCAUAACAUUAGAAGCUGUAAAAAUAUUGGAGUUCCUGUUAGGCCAAAGAAAUAUGUUGCACCAUCAACUUCAAAUGAGGAUGACCACCUAUUAUCUCAAGAUGAACAAGCUUUGAAUGAGGCUGAAGAAGCUGCUGCUCAUGUUCAACAAGAUCCGGUGGAGAUUAAUUUAUCUCAGCCUCAUUUGUCACAAGAUAGUGACAUGGAGUUGAUGGUCCCUGCAACUAUUGUUCCACCAAUAGCAAGGAAUAAGCUAACCAUAACAAGAGCCAAACAAAGGAAGGUUGCUGAUAAAGAUGAUGCAGAAAACUGAAGAAGCAUUUUUUGUUGCAUUU